AGCAGCGCUACUCUUGUGAAACCACCACCACCGUUUCAUUGAUUCACAGACUUUAAACACACAACAUGCAAACAAGAAGGUAAUGACAGGUCUCAUUGUAACUAUAUUAAUAACAAUUGCCUGUGACAGUUAAGCUCUACUAUAUCUCAAAGGAGAGAUAUCAACGCUGUCUCUGAAGGGAACUUGGAUACAACAUCUAGGAUCUUUUUUUCUCCACUCUCUAACACUUAUAGAUCAUCAACUACUGUGUAUUUUUCUAUUCGGAUACCUGCACGUUGCCAUUUAUGUCAGACUAAAUAACUGCUAUGACAGGGAAACUGGCGGACAAGCUCCCUCUUACCAUGAGCAGUUUAAUAAACACGAUUCCUGACAGUCUUUACCCAGAAGAGGACAUUCCGACGUCUAUGAACAUUUUCACCAAUACGGAUUCUAUAAACCACUACUCGCAAAUGAAUACAGAUAAUAUCAUGGAUCUGGGGAUGGGAAGUGAUAAGGGAAAUGCAGAGAUCCAGUACGGCUCUAGCUUCCAGUCCAGCCGCAGCGGGCAGCCGGUCACCUAUUUGGGGAAGUUUGCCUUCGAUACUCCUCCGUCGGGUGGAAUGGGGGGCUCUGGCUGGUGUUCAGACAACAAUAUCAUUAGUUUAGUAAGUGCUGGGAUCUUGGGCGUCUCCCCGUCGCCUGGCACUAUCACCACACAGACAUCGUCCUCUGGAGCCAGCAUGGGCGGCCAGUCCUCAGAUAUGGAGCAGGUCUAUGGUCCGCCACUGCCUGCUUAUUCCACCUGCAGCGAGCUCUACCAGGAUCAGGUCUCCUUCCACCACAGUCCUGCUACCAGCACUACCCUCGGCUACCCCAGCAAUGACUACCACACCACCUCCAAGCCCUCCAUGGACGGGAGCCUUUUCUCUAUGAUCCCAGACUAUAACCUCUUCCAUCAUCAGGGUGAGGUUGGCAUGAUGGAGCACAAGCCUUUCCAGUCCAUGGACCCCAUUCGUGUCAACCCCCCACCCAUCACCCCACUAGAGACCAUUCGAGCAUUCAAAGACAAGCAGAUUCAUCCAGGUUUCAUGGGCGGGCAGCAGCAUGCUCCUCAGCACCACCAGCCACCACAGACACUAACACUCAAACCAAUCCGACCACGGAAGUACCCAAACCGGCCCAGCAAAACCCCUGUGCAUGAGCGGCCACAUGCCUGCCCAGCAGAAAACUGUGACAGACGCUUCUCCCGUUCAGAUGAACUGACACGCCACCUCCGCAUCCACACGGGUCACAAACCCUUCCAGUGCCGCAUAUGCAUGCGCUCCUUCAGCCGAAGCGACCACCUGACUACCCACAUCCGCACGCACACGGGCGAGAAGCCCUUCUCCUGUGAAUUCUGUGGACGCAAGUUUGCCCGGAGUGAUGAGCGCAAGAGACAUGCCAAAGUUCACCUCAAGCAGAAGGACAAGAAGCCGGCCGACAAGGGGAGUGGAGCAGCUGGCAGCCACAGCUCACCCCCCAAUUCCUGUGGUGGCAGUGGGGGGCCCAGCGGUGGCAACAUCAUGACUGUCACUACCUGUGCUUAGGAUGGACCAUCACCAUGCCCUAACAUAAGACUGGGGAGGGAGGGAUCCUAUCCACAAUGAGACAAAUAGGUGACUCUUUCUCUCUCUUUUUCUCUUACACUCCAUCUCUUUAAUUUUUUAUUUCCAUGUAAUAUUUCCCUCCUCUAUUUGGAGAUGUUAUCUUGUAAGAGUAUGGGAAGAAGAGGACAUAGACAGGAGAGACAGCAACUGUGUGAAUGUUUGCAAGCAGAGGGGCAUCAUGGCUGUCGAAGAGGAUAUGGCAUAUCUUUGAUAAUGAAAUUCAAGUUUCUGAAGUGAUACUAUAUCAUGUAUUGUGUUUUCUGAGAAAUUCACCAAAAAUCUUGGAUGAUGGGAUUCCAAAAAAUGAUGAUUUGGGUUUAGAUUGAAUUACAACUGGGCGUAGAAUAAGGUGAGCUAUGUUUGGGAUGUAUGCAUUUAUUUCAUCUGGUUGUUUAAAAGUGCAAUUGGUUGUAUUUGUGUACUGUUGUUGAUACCUUAUUUGCUGCACUUUCCAUUGCCUUGUCUUUUUGUUGUAAAAUACUUUUUUACACAUAUUUUUUAUUAUUAUUAUUGUUUCUCAAAAGAAUGUGCCAAACGUUUUGGGAUAAUACUGCUAAGUUUGUUUUCUUAAUUGUGCCUGGGAUUAACCAAACAUUACAAAUACAUAAACUAUGUUUCCAACAUUGAUUUAAGGCAGAUUGUUAACAUUAGCCCCAAAAUACUAAAACUUGUUAUUUUAUUAUAAUUUGAGCAAUUAUAAGUAUCACAGUUACAACUCAGUUGGUCAAAAUCCUUUUGCUAUAAACUCAAAAACAUCAGCAUAAAAAAAACCCAUUAAUAUUGGUUUUGUCCAUCCAAACCCGAUCCUGUGUUCAAUGGACCAGUCUUUGGUGGUAAUCUAUUGUCGUCUGAUGCACACUAAAUAAAAUGGAUUGCAACAUUAAUGUUAAAUCUUCAUGAACUGAUGAAGAAUGUAACAUAUUCACUACAAAUUACACAAAUCCAUGACAGAAAGCUUAUCAAGAUACCCAAGAUAAAACAAAAAAACUAUAUUUUAAGUUUAGUGCUUAUGUUUCUUUAAAAAAAUAUAUAUUACCGUCUAUCUUCCAAGGGUUCCCCUUGGUCACAUUUAUAUGUGUAUUUAAAGACACACUCGACCAAACUUGAAGUGAAAUGCUAAGAGCGCAGAGAAUAAGACUGAAACAUUGAAAUACCUGCAUCUAUACUACAAGUCAACAUUUCUGAAUAACAACAGAGAUGAAGAGGGCCUUUUAUCUGUGCAUUCACUGAGAGACCUGCCAGUUAUAUUCAUGUAAUUAGAGAUAUUGUAAAAUAAAAUGUUUUGCAUAUUGUUACAAUGAGCAACAUCUUUAAGAAAUACUAUAGAAUCUACAUGGUAUUGCCAUGUUUACACCUACUAUUUUGAGAGAUACUGAAUUUAAAAUGGUUAUUCUUUUUUGUAUAGUGAGAGAUAUAUACAGGUACUUCAACUUUUAUACUCAGACUGUCAAAGGCACCAUAUACUUCAGUAUUAAAUUGUGCAUUUGUAUGCAUGUGUAUGUAGAAGUACAAUAUAUAAAAACAAAUGUAUACAUACACACAUUUCUUAUUGACUGAAUGCUUGUGCAGAAGGGGUCUUAAAAUGCUUCUUGUAAAGUAAUGAUAAUGCAGAAAGUUUUGUGAACACAAGUCAUUACACAAGACAUGAGCAUUGACAGUGCCAAAUGGGGUUCAUUAUCUUCCAUUUCAAAACGAUCUAAUAUUAUUUGUACCUACUAUAGGGUUCUUAGCAGAAAGUGGUUUGAGGAAACACUAAAUGUGUUCUUAAACUAAAUAAACAAAAAUCUGAACAAACACCUUUGUAUUUCAAUUGCAAACAAGCCUGUAAUGUAUGGAUUCCAAAGUUCAGACAAAUAUAUUGAAAAAAAGAAGCCUAGUACACAGUAUGCAACAUUUUUCACUAUCCACGUGGAUUUUUAGAUCAGUAAGGCAAUAUCAGUAUGCAAUAUACAGUCUUGCAAGUCUGGCAUUGACUGAAGGCUACGCUACUUGAAUUACUUUAGAUUCAGAUAAAUACAUUUCUUACAAUAAUCUUGGGUCACACUGAUUAAAAGAAUGCACUCAUAUGUGUGUCAAAUAUAUAAAAUCAUUAAACAAGUAGUCAAAUAAGUCAAAUCAUAUAAUCUUAUAAUUUCAUUAAUGAUAACAAUGUAUAGGUAAUAAUGUACUACAAUACAUUUGAGGGAUGUAAAUCCAAACUGUUUGGGAAUUUAUCCACUACAUUUGAUUGUUGUCUUCACUGUGCUCAAUGCUCUAGUCAGCUUUGGUCUUGGCGUUUCUCUGAUUCCCCUGAAAGGGCAGUUAUUUUACCCCUCCACUCCCAUCUGGCCCUGUGUGCGAUAAUUAAUGCACCACAGUCGAAUGUGUUCUCUGUGUGUUUGAUAUGGAUUACUUAUCGUCAUAGCAGCUGUGCCUGAUAGCAAAAACUUUCACAAAUCUUGAUUGAAAAUUUCAACAAAGGUCAAAAACAAGGAUUUAUAAAUGCGUUGCUCACUAAAUUACAGCAUUCUCCAAUGUGCUUCCAAGGCCACAUUUCCUCUUUCCUGUGCAAACUGGUUUUCAUUGCUAGGCUUCCUGGCAAGUGUCCACUUAUUUUCCAAUUAAUUUGGCCCCAGAGUGUCUUUCUCCAGUUCAUCUACUGUAAAUGGGUAAAUGAACAGACCCCUUGCAUUGUCUGACAGACUUGGUGAGUUCACACAUACAUUAUCAUCUCACUUAUUAUUUAAAUCAAUUGCUUUCUGAAGUGCAUUUUAGGACAGUUGUAUUCCUGGUGCCAAUUAUUAAUAUUUCCGGGACUUUGCUUGAGCUAGUUUGAUGAAUGGCAGGAUUUUAAAAAGGAUAGUUCACUGAUCAUGAUUAGUUAGCAAGUGAAUAGCAGUAAGUGAAAAAAUAAACGAUAUAGAAGGGGAAUGUAGAUGAUUUACAGUCCAUCUAUAAUGAUACUCAAAUAACACUGGUCUGUAUUGAUUCAAAACAUGUAUCAUUUGAAGUGGGAUUUGCCUUAAGCUAAGUGAAGUGUAUAAAACUGUAUGUAUGGCUUGGAAUAUUCAGUUAUGGCCUCUAAUGUUAAAAGUGUGUGCAUAAGCAAGUGUAUCCAUCUUAACUUCUCUGGUUAAUUGAAGGGAUGAAAUUCUCAACAGCUGAGAUGGGAUUGGCUCACAGGUGGAAAAGGCAAAUACAAUAUAUACUGAACAAAUAUAUAAAUGCAAUAUGCAACAAUUUUACUGAGUUACAGUUCAUAAAAGGAAAUCAGCCAAUUGAAAUAAAUUAAUUAGGCCAUGGGUGGGCCUGGGAGGACAUAGGCUCACUCACUUAGGAGCCAGGCCCAGCCAAUCAGAAUGAGUUUUCCCCCACAAAAGGGCUUUAUUACAGAAAGAAAUACUCCUCUGUUUCAUCAGCUGUCCGGGUGGCUGGUUUCAGAUGAUCCCACAAGUGAAGAAGCUGGAUGUGGCAGUCCUGGGCUAGCGUGGUACACGUGGUCUGCGGUUGCGAGGCCGGUUGGACAUACUGAUAAAUUCUCUAAAAUGACAUUGGAGGCGGCUUAUGGUAGAGAAAUGAACAUGCAAUUCCCUGGCAACAGCUCUAAUGGACAUUUCUGCAGUCAGCAUGCCAAUUGCAUGCUCCCUCAAAACUUGAGAAAUCUGUGGUAUUGUGUUGUGUGACAAAACUGCACAUUUUAGAGUGGCCUUGUCCCCAGCACAAGGUACACCUGUGUAAUGAUCAUGCUGUUCAAUCAGUUUUUUGAUAUACCACACCUGUCAGGUGGAUGGGUUAUCUUGGCAAAGGAGAAAUGCUCAGUAAUAGGGAUGUAAACAAAUUUGUGCACAAAAUUGGAAAAAAUUGUAUUUUUGUGCUUAUGGAACAUUUCUGGGAUCUUUUAUUUCAGCUCAUGAAACCAGGGACCAACAUUUUACAUGUUUCGUUUAUAUCUUUAUUCAGUGGAACAAGAAAUGUCUAAGGAUUUGGUGUAGACAUUAUUUGCUGAUUUGGGAUAUUGUUUCAUCCUCUUCUGGGUUAGAAUAAUGACUUCGUUUUUAAGGGGACAUCGAUAAUGAGCUAAAUAUCCUCAGACUUAUUCUGUACCUUUUCAUUCAGCAACAAAGCCUUGUAGUAAGAGUAGAAUAACAAAGACAAAGACAGUUUUCAGAGAUCAUAUGGCAGCCCUGUGCAUUUGAUGCUCGUAUGUGAGGGUUCAAAUGUUAAGUUUAUGGUGAAUGAGGUUUGGUUUUAAAGAAUACUGUGUUUAUCAAGCUCUCGGUGAGAAGAGUUGAAGUUUUGCUCGGAAGAGAGGAGAAUACGCCAACAUUAUUUCCAUCUGUCACCCAAAGACGUAAUUACAAGGGGAUGUUGUCAUCUGUCAUAUUUCUGACUAAUGCAAAGUUCACCGUGUAAAAGCACGGUCUAUAUUACAUUUAACAACUGUACAUUUUUAUUUCACAUUACUGUUAAAUAUAAAAUCACUGUAACAAGGUCUGAAAUCAAAAACUGUCCUCAUGAAUCAUGAUUCAAUAGUGCUUUCUUUGUCCCAUUUGAUCUGAACACAGUACUAUCAAGACUGUUUUCCUUUUUGUAUUUGUCUUGAACUGGAAUGAUUUUAGAGGAUACAUUAAGUGUGUAAGAGAUUUAAAUAAGAGAUCUCCCUUCAUAUCUUCUCCUCAUCAUCCUGAUAGUUCUCUGCUCAGUCCUGGACUCGAGCCAACCUUAACAGCCAUGUUUGGGCCAAAUUGGGAUGCAAGGUUGGGUGAUUAGGAACAAUAUGCGAUGAGAACUCCACAAAAGUAACAAAAUGUAAAUGUGACCUCAGUCAGCUUACAGCUCAAGGCGUCCCUGUGCUGAUGUCUGUGUUUACUCAUUAAUUUACUCCCUGUAAAAGCUGCCUUUGUGCAAGGUCAUAAAAGACUGAAAGUAAACCAUCCACACAAAACCUCCAUGACCACUUUUGUACCAGGAUAAAUGACUGGCAGCUCAUCUCAUAAUAAUAACCAAAAAAAUUCCAAAAAUUUAAAAUUAUGAUAGAUUUCUAUCCUAAAUGCUAAUUUUGAGGAUGGUACCAGACAUUUUCAAGGUGGUCCAUACUAGAGUAGGUUCAUCUUUGGUAGAUGGCACUGAAAUGUUUUAGGGAAAUGUUUCUUUGUUAUCUCCUGUGUUUUCUUUUCAUUAUAUCUUCUUGUUUGCAUGUGCACGAAAAUGUUCCAACCAUGUUUAGAGCCACCUUCAGGUUCUAAAGGUGGUGCUAAAUUAUUUUAUUAUGCAUGAAAAUAAUGAUUACAACAAAAAAAUGCAACUUAAGUAAAAGGGGACAGACUAACUUGUGGAGCUACAAAUAUGGACAUUUUGGAAAACAUUGGGAUUUUUUUUUUCUUCAGAAAACAAGAGGUCUUGUUGAAAAUGUUGUGGAUUGUCUUACUUCAUGUUUUUCUAUUACCUUAUAAUAAGGUCCUAAUAUACAUUUUGAAUAUUGUAAUGAAAUGUAUUAUCCUUUUGUGGUGGGGAGAUGUACUCCGCUCAUUGUUAACUUGGCACUUCAGUUUGUUGUAACGCAAUUGUUUUUGUUAUUUCUAUGUAAAGUACUUGAAUAAAGAAAAUGAAAAUGUG